GAUGGGUUGUCAUUUCGUAACGAGAAAAACUUUCCCUCAUUUUCUCGAGAAAAUAAAUUUCCAUUCUUUACACUGAGAUUCUCUUCUCACAAUUUCUUGAUUUUCUUCCCACUUUAAUUUUUUUCCCCUUCUCAAUGUUUGUUUCCACUGAUCUCUCCAUAUCACCGUCGUGGAGAAAACGUUGACCUUUCUUAGACUUGUUCUUCCCAUCCAAAGUUUUGAUCUUUUUUUCAGAUUUUGAAGUUGGAAAAUGUUUUUUAGUCAACUGGGUCAAAUGGGUCUCUUCCAAAUCUUUAAAUUGUUCUAAAUCUUUUCUGGGUUGAAAUAUUUAUUUUCUGUGUUUGUUUGUGUGAGUGUGUGUGUGUGGUUGUUGGUGGAUAUGGAUUCCGAGGAUGUUAAUGGUUGCCUCAUGGAUAAACAUAAACCUGUGGUGGCUUCUUCUUUGGUUUGUGAAAAGGUUGAAGAUCAUGUAAACGGAGAAGAUGAUAGUGAUUCCAAUUCUUUGUUGCCUCCUCGGAGAGGUGGCAUGUCCAGAAACUGUGAAAAGACUCGCCGGAAAGUGCAGUGGAAUGAUAGGAAUGGAAACAAGCUUGCUGAGGUGUUGGAAUAUGAGCCAAGGUGAUCUUUGGAGGGACAAAUCAAUACGCACACAAUUUUUCAAGGAACAAAAUUCCAGUUUGCUAAACUUUUAAUCUUUGAUAAUUAGUGAGGCUUUUGAUUGUACUACAGGGAAAAUGUCAAUGUAAGUUGCUGGCAAUGAUUAGGUUAAUAUGAGAAAUAUUGGAGGAAUACAAUGUGCUGAGUGUUCCUGCUAUCAGUGUGUCUCCUUAAAUAUUUGAAGUCUGUCUGACGGACAAGUGUGAAUGGGUAAAAUUUUUCCAGUGGCCAUGGAACACUAUAUUAUGAUUUUUCCAGUGGCUAAAAUCUUUACUAACUUCCCACCUAUGUUAUGCAUCACAAUUUCUUUUGCAGAAGAGUUUUCACUACCUAAACAUAAUUUAUUAUGAUUGUUGAGUCUAGAGCAUUUGCAUUUGCAUUAAUGGCACAUUUUGAAAAACAUGAAACCCAUUAUAUGUUUUAGUUAACUACUAUGAAUUUCAUCAAAUAUAGAAUAAAAGGGGUGCCACUGAAAUCACAGGAGUAAGGCUUCUCUUGUACCUGUGCAAUCAUUUUCCUUGCUUUCCUUUCUGUUUCAUUUUUAUUAUCUUUGUCGUUAUUGAAUGUAAAAGGUAGAAUGGAGUGAAAUACUAGAUUAGAUUUAAGAUGUGUUUCCUUUUGUACAAGUUAGGAAUAAGAAUGAUGGGAUAAUAAGGAGAAUAAGAAGCAAAAAUGCAGGCUAGUUGGUUUUAGUGAGGAAGAGUGCAUUUAAAAAGGUGUUUUACUUUGACACAUACUGGAAAAAAUGCAGAGAAUUAGGGACUUAUUCUGGUGAGUUCCGAGGUGGAAUUUCAUUCUGCUUGCUCAAUUCAUGAAGAAGUUGAAAAUGCCUUAAAUCCUUGGCUGGAUUCUUAACCUGUGCUGUAUUGAGGAAGGAUUUAUUGGUCAUUGUCUCUUAUUUUUUAUUUUUUUGUGUGUUUGGGAUAAAAGUUAAAUGCAUUUGCAAUACAACUUCAAUGUAACAAAAUGUAAUUGAGUAUGACAAUCAGUUUUAUGUGUGUUAUUUAUUGAGAUAUACAAGAAUUAUUUCCCAUUUGGUCUCACAUUGUGU